AUGCCCUUCUCCAAUAGCCACAACACGCUGAAGCUGCGUUUCCCGGCCGAAGAUGAGUUCCCCGACCUCAGCGGCCACAACAACCACAUGGCCAAGGUACUCACCCCCGAGCUGUACGCCGAGCUGCGCGCGAAGAGCACCCCAAGCGGCUUCACGGUGGACGACGUCAUCCAGACCGGCGUGGACAACCCAGGCCACCCCUAUAUUAUGACCGUGGGCUGCGUGGCCGGCGACGAGGAGUCGUACGACGUGUUCAAGGAGCUUUUUGACCCCAUCAUCGAGGACCGGCACGGAGGCUAUAAGCCCACCGACGAACACAAGACGGACCUCAACCCCGAUAACCUGCAGGGCGGCGACGACCUGGAUCCCAACUACGUGCUGAGCUCGCGGGUGCGCACGGGCCGCAGCAUCCGCGGCUUCUGUCUCCCCCCGCACUGCAGCCGCGGGGAGCGCCGCGCCAUCGAGAAGCUCGCCGUGGAAGCCCUGUCGAGCCUGGACGGUGACCUGGCUGGGAGGUACUAUGCGCUCAAAAGCAUGACGGAGGCGGAGCAGCAGCAGCUUAUCGACGACCACUUCCUUUUCGAUAAGCCCGUGUCGCCCCUGCUGCUGGCCUCGGGCAUGGCCCGCGACUGGCCCGACGCCCGCGGCAUCUGGCACAAUGACAAUAAGACCUUCCUGGUGUGGAUCAACGAGGAGGACCACCUGCGGGUCAUCUCCAUGCAGAAGGGGGGCAACAUGAAGGAGGUGUUCACGCGAUUCUGCAACGGCCUCACCCAGAUUGAAACGCUCUUCAAGUCUAAGAACUACGAGUUCAUGUGGAACCCUCACCUGGGCUACAUCCUCACCUGUCCGUCCAACCUGGGUACGGGUCUGCGGGCCGGGGUGCACAUCAAGCUGCCCCACCUGGGAAAGCACGCGAAGUUCCCCGAGGUGCUCAAGCGGCUGCGGCUUCAGAAGCGAGGCACAGGCGGUGUGGACACUGCCGCUGUGGGCGGGGUCUUCGACGUCUCCAACGCGGACCGCCUGGGCUUCUCGGAGGUGGAGCUGGUGCAGAUGGUGGUGGAUGGCGUGAAGCUGCUCAUCGAGAUGGAGCAGCGGCUGGAGCAGGGCCAGGCCAUCGAUGACCUCAUGCCGGCCCAGAAGUGA